UUGACCCUAAUAAAACCAGCUUUAUAUCCCCCCACCCAACCAAAAAAAAAACAUAAACUAAUCAUGUCGUGGCAAACUUACGUAGAUGAGCAUUUGAUGUGCAACAUCGAUGGCAGUGGCCAACACCUCUCCGCCGCUGCUAUCGUUGGCCACGAUGGCAGUGUCUGGGCUCAGAGCCCUAACUUCCCCAAGUUGCAGCCCAAGGAGAUAACUGACAUCAUGAAGGAUUUCGACGAACCAGGCCACCUUGCACCUACAGGCUUGCACCUUGGUGGCGCUAAGUUUAUGGUCAUCCAGGGUGAGCCUGGUGCUGUCAUUCGUGGGAAAAAGGGAUCAGGAGGGGUGACCAUUAAGAAAACUGCACAGGCUCUGGUGUUUGGGAUCUAUGAAGAACCGGUGACUCCAGGGCAAUGCAACCUGGUUGUAGAGAGAUUGGGCGAUUAUCUUGCCGAACAGGGACUCUAGUCGACCACCUAGCUACCUUAAUUUCCCUUUUUUUUAAAGUCUUUGGGUUCCAAGUAAUAUGAAUCUUCUUACAUUUGAGUUGUUUUUUCACCAUGUUUUAUUUCUUUUUUACUGGAUUUUAUUUGUAUUUGUAAUCCCUCACCGGCCAUCGGUGAUUGAGGGGUUUUUGUUUA